AUGAGUACUCUAAUAAGCAUAAUACUUAUUAUUUUGCUUUGUGUACUAAACCCUGCCUAUGGAUAUCAUAUGUCCCUCAGGGCUGAGUGCCAUUUCAAACGGGAUAUGAAAGACCUGGAAUUAAUUCGGACUUAUAAUUUUAACAAAUUUGAAUUCAUCCGAUACAACAGUACACUUGGCAAGUAUGUGGGUUUUAAUACAGUUGGACAGCAAAACGCAGAGGCAUGGAACAACAACCCUGCCCAACUCCAGCAGAUGAAAGUUGAACUGGACAGAUACUGCAGAAACAAUGCUGGAAAUGAAAUAUCAGCUAUUACUGAAAAAUCAGUUCCGCCGCAGGUCCAUGUGAGGUCUGUCAAAAAGGGCACUGGCGUACAUCCUACUGUGUUGAUGUGCAGUGCCUAUGGUUUCUAUCCCAAACUCAUCAAAUUAACCUGGUUAAGCGAUGGUCAGCCACUGACCUCUGAUGUGACCUCCACCGAGGAGUUGGCUGAUGGUGACUGGUACUACCAGAUCCAUUCCCGCCUGGACUACAUCCCCAAAUCAGGAGAGAAGAUUUCUUGUGUGGUGGAGCAUGCCAGCUUUAGCAGGCCUAUGACAUUUGAGUUGGGACCAUCUGUGUCAGAAAGUGACACCAAUAAGAUUGCUAUUGGAGCCUCUGGACUUGUGCUGGGGGUCAUCCUAGCAGCUGCUGGAUUGAUUUACUACAAGAAGAAAUCCACAGGACGUAUCUUGGUGCCACAUUAA